CAAGCCGUUCCGGGGCCCAGAUCUGGGCUCUUGCUAACGCUAACUUCGGAACGGCCUGCGUUAGCGAGCCAAUCGGCUUGCGGCGCCUUCUCUCACGGCUUCCGGCCUGCGAUGGAUGCCGCCGGCGUGCCACUGGUUCCCGGGCUGCAGCCUCCUUGGCGUGGCGGUCAGCGUGGCUGGCGCAAGGGCCGCAAGGAGAAGGACUACCGCAAGACCACUGACACCUACGCGGUGUGUUCUUGCGGCCACUACACGUGGGACCACUUGCUCGCGAAGCGUGGCGGGCAGUGCGUGCACUGCCGCGCGCAGCUUGUGCCCCCACCGUUGGUUGUUUUGGAUGCUGACCCUGGUCAUGGGCAUCGCAAGCCGGGUGCUACAGGCCUCUCUUCUGAGACGGUGGCCCAGCUGCGCGAGAUGGCUUCCAAGGUCCCUGAAGAAGAAGCGAGGGCGAUAUUGUCCCCAUACGGCUUGGCGCUGCAGGCUUCUGUCAAACAGCCCGAGUUGCCUGAGACCGAGUACGUGCAGGCGCAGUCUGCCAAGCGCGAGGCGCAGCGGCAGGUCGAUCGGGCCUUGGACGCCCGCAAGCGCCUGGAGCAGCAGAUCAAGGACGCCGACAAGAGGCUGGACGACGCUGUGGCGGCCGAUAUGCAGGCGGCCGAGGUGGUGGCAGCUGCUGCUAAGCGUAUCUCUGCUCGUGUUCUGCCUUCCGAGCCGCCCAAGUCCGUGGUCCACAUGGACGCGCUGCUGCGGGACGGCGGGAAGGCCAUCUUUUUGGAGCUCGGCGAGGAGUUGGACCUCUCUGGACCCGAGUUCUCUGACGAGGACCGCGACGCUUUCACGAAAUUCAAGAAUGACAUGUUGGAGAAGGCCUCCAAGCUCAUCACCGAGUCCUUGGCUGGGGUCGUGGACAAGGCGAAGGAGCACAAGGAGGAGUACGCCAACCGGAUUGGCGAGCUCAAGAAGAAGCGCAAGCAGAACAAUGGCAACCCUCAGACGGUUCGCCCUUCGGUGCCGGGGGGCGCGGGGGCAGCUGCGUCCGGCGCCCCGGGAGGAGAUGGUGCUCAACCUGAGGCGCCUGAGGAUCCUGAGCGGGCAGCCUAUAUGGCAGCAGCGAAGGCACGCGCUGCUGCCCGCAAGGCUGAGACCGAGGCCGCCCCGGCCGCGGGCUCUGUCGCGCCACUCUCCUAGCACAGUUUGCUCCCCUCCCUCCUGCUUGACCUCUCCUGCGGCCCCUCUGCCCUUUAAGACUCCGGCCCCAAGUCUGC